ACCCAGCGGUCUGUCUGUGAAGAGUGACUGGUCUAUGGACAAACCUUUACACUUCAGUCAUGAACCUGGAGCCUCAGAGACAAAAGGUCAGAACCAGAGACAGAGAGCAGAGUCUCCAGGACCCAGCGGUCUGUCUGUGAAGAGUGACUGGUCUAUGGACAAACCUUUACACUUCAGUCAUGAACCUGGAGCCUCAGAGACAAAAGGUCAGAACCAGAGACAGAGAGCAGAGUCUCCAGGACCCAGCGGUCUGUCUGUGAAGAGUGACUGGUCUAUGGACAAACCUUUACACUUCAGUCAUGAACCUGGAGCCUCAGAGACAAAAGGUCAGAACCAGAGACAGAGAGCAGAGUCUCCAGGACCCAGCGGUCUGUCUGUGAAGAGUGACUGGUCUAUGGACAAACCUUUACACUUCAGUCAUGAACCUGGAGCCUCAGAGACAAAAGGUCAGAACCAGAGACAGAGAGCAGAGUCUCCAGGACCCAGCGGUCUGUCUGUGAAGAGUGACUGGUCUAUGGACAAACCUUUACACUUCAGUCAUGAACCUGGAGCCUCAGAGACAAAAGGUCAGAACCAGACACAGAGAGCAGAGUCUCCAGGACCCAGCGGUCUGUCUGUGAAGAGUGAUGAGUCUAUGGGAAUACCUUUAAACUUCAGUCAUGAACCUGGAGCCUCAGAGACAAAAGACCAGUUUGCUGUUUCUGUGGACGAGCAGACAUCCCGCUGUCCUCUGUGUCAGGACGUCCUGAAGGAUCCAGUCUCCACCAGCUGCGGUCACUGGUUCUGCAGACGCUGCAUCUCCUCAUACUGGGACCAGUCUGGUCCACCAGGAGACUCCUGCUGUCCCCAGUGUGGACAGAGACCCAGACCAGGACCAGCAGAUGUUCUUCUGCAGAAGGUUCUAGAUGAACAUAAGAUCAGUCUGAGGAGCAGAUUUGAACAUGUGACUGAAGGAACUGAAGGAACAGGAAGUAGAACCCUCCUGAACAGGAUCUUCACUGAGCUCUACAUCACAGAGGGACAGAGUGAAGAGGUCAAUACUCAACAUGAGGUGAUGCAGCUGGAGAAGACCUCCAAGAAAAAGACAGUCCAGGACACUUCCAUCAAGUGCUGCGACAUCUUUAAAGCCUUACCUGACCAGCAGGGGAGCAUCAGAGUCGUCCUGACCAACGGCAUCGCUGGUGUUGGAAAAACCUUCUCGGUGCAGAAGUUCACUCUGGACUGGGCCGAGGGUUUGGAAAACCAGGACGUGAAUCUGCUGAUUGUGCUCUCGUUCAGGGAGCUGAACCUGAUCAGAGAUCAGCAGCACAGUCUUCUCACACUGCUCCAUGUUUUCUAUCCAACAUUAGAGAAGGUCAGAGCAGAGAAGCUUGCUGUCUGUAAACCUUUGUUCAUCUUUGACGGCCUGGAUGAAAGCAGACUCUCACUGGACUUCAGCAGCAGGACGCUGGUUUCUGACGUCACACACAGGUCAUCAGUCAAUGUUCUGCUGACCAACCUCAUCCAGGGGAAUCUGCUUCCCUCGGCUCUCAUCUGGAUAACCUCUCGACCUGCAGCAGCCAAUCAGAUCCCUCCUACAUGUGUUGCCAGGAUAACAGAAGUACGAGGCUUCACUGACGACCAGAAGGACGAGUACUUCAGGAAGAGAUCCAGAAGUGAAGAUCUGUCCAGCAGAAUCAUCUCACACAUCAAGACGUCCAGGAGCCUCCACAUCAUGUGUCAAGUCCCAGUCUUCUGCUGGAUCAGUGCUACAGUUCUGGAGCACAUGUUGACCACAGAGCAGAGAGGAGAGCUACCCAAGACCCUGACAGACCUGUACUCACACUUCCUGCUGGUUCAGACCAAGAGGAAGAAGAACAAGUACGAUAAAGGACGUGAGACGAGUCCACAGGAGCUGACAGAGGCCGACAGGGACUUUCUUCUGAAGCUGGGGAGGCUGGCCUUUGAACAUCUGGAGAAAGGAGACAUCAUGUUCUACAAAGAAAACCUGGAGCGGUGUGGUUUAAGUGUGACAGAGGCCUCGGUGUACUCAGGAGUUUGUACAGAGAUCUUCAGAAGAGAGAGCGUGAUCUUCCAGAAAUCAGUCUACUGCUUUGUUCAUCUGAGCGUUCAGGAGUUUCUGGCUGCAGUCUACAUGUUCCACUGUUUCACCAACAGGGAGACGGAGGUCCUGAAGAACUUCCUGAGAAAACCUAAUUUUAUUAACGAGCUCUCCUCAUUUUUUGGAACCGUUGCUAAGAGUGACUUAUCUCUGGAUGUGUUCCUGAAAGCAGCCAUGGAGAAAUCCCUUCAAAGUGAAAAUGGUCACCUUGACCUGUUUGUUCGCUUCCUUUAUGGACUCUGUCUGGAGUCCAACCAGAGACUCUUAGGCAGUCUGCUGGGUCAGAAUCAGAACAGUCCAGAAAUCAUCCUGAGGGUCAUUAAGAACCUGAAGAAGAUGAACACAGAGAACAUCUCACCUGACAGAAGCAUCAACAUCUUCCACUGUCUGACAGAGAUGAAUGACCAAUCAGUGCAUCAGGAGAUCCAAGAGUUCAUGAAGUCAAAGAACAGAGAACAGGAACUCUCUGAGAUCCACUGCUCAGCUCUGGCCUACAUGCUGCAGAUGUCUGAGGAGGUUCUGGAUGAGUUGGACCUGAGCAAGUACAGAACAUCAGACCAGGGGAAACAGAGACUGAUUCCAGCUGUGAGGAACUGCAGGAAGGCUCAGUUAAGUGACUGCAGUUUGUCAGAGAUCAGCUGUUCUUCUCUGGUCUCAGCUCUGAAGUCCAACCCCUCACACCUGAGAGACCUGGACCUGAGUCUGAACAAGCUGCAGGAUUCAGGAGUGAAGCUGCUGUGUUCUGGACUGGAGAGUCCACGUUGUAGACUGGAGACUCUGGGGUUGAGGGACUGCAGUUUGACAGAGAUCAGCUGUUCUUCUCUGGUCUCAGCUCUGAAGUCCAACUCCUCCCACCUGAGAGACCUGAUCCUGAGUGAGAACAAGCUGCAGGAUUCAGGAGUGAAGCUGCUGUGUUCUGGACUGGAGAGUCCACAUUGUAGACUGGAGACUCUGUGGUUGAGUGGCUGCAGUUUGACAGAGAUCAGCUGUUCUUCUCUGGUCUCAGCUCUGAAGUCCAACUCCUCCCACCUGAGAAAACUGAACCUGAGCUGGAACAAGCUGCAGGAUUCAGGAGUGAAGCUGCUUUGUUCUGGACUGGAGAGUCCACAUUGUAGACUGGAGACUCUGUGGUUGAGGGGCUGCAGUUUGACAGAGAUCAGCUGUUCUCCUCUGGUCUCAGCUCUGAAGUCCAACCCCUCACACCUGAGAAAACUGUACCUGAGUGAGAACCAGCUGCAGGAUUCAGGAGUGAAGCUGCUGUGUUCUGGACUGGAGAGUCCACAUUGUAGACUGGAGACUCUGGGGUUGAGGGGCUGCAGUUUGACAGAGAUCAGCUGUUCUUCUCUGGUCUCAGCUCUGAAGUCCAACCCCUCACACCUGAGAGACCUGAACCUGAGUCAGAACCAGCUGCAGGAUUCAGGAGUGAAGCUGCUGUGUUCUGGACUGGAGAGUCCACAUUGUAGACUGGAGACUCUGAGGUUGAAGGGCUGCAGUUUGACAGAGAUCAGCUGUUCUUCUCUGGUCUCAGCUCUGAAGUCCAACCCCUCACACCUGAGAGACCUGGACCUGAGUCAGAACCAGCUGCAGGAUUCAGCAGUGAAGCCUCUGUGUGAUCUUCAGAAGAGUCCAGACUACAGACUGGAGACUCUGGAGUGAGUAGAGUGUUGUUCUAAUCACAGUCAGACAAACAUCAGUGUUUCCUCAGUGAAGCUGUGACAGCACAAUAGUGACAGACUUCAUGAUUGGACACAAAGACACAGAGAGACAACAGACGAGCCACGAGCUGCUGCUACUCACAGACUAGAGCUGAGCGCCUCACAUGAUGAGCGUCCAUCAGCUGUUUGUAGUUUGACUUCAUCACAGAUUAUAGAUCCACUGUAUCAUACACUGUAAAAACAGCAGCACAUCUUGUUUGGUUAGAAAACGUCAAAGUAGCCACUUUCAGACUGGAACGUCAUUUUCCUUCAAACUCUGACAAAAGCAUGAAGAAAUGAGCAAAAUAUCAAGAAAUGAUCUUUAUCACAAGCAAAGAAAUGAAAGUGAGUCUUCUCUGACUUUAAGAAUUGACACCUUGGCAAGGGAGAACCCAAAAGCACGACAACGAGGCAGGAAAACGCAGAUUACUAAGUCCAAAAGCAGGAAAUCAGUCACAAACAGGCAAACACAUCAGAACAAGAAGACUAACUAGAAAUGCUGGAGCAAAAAACCAACACAAGACCAUCUGAAAAUGGGCUGCUAUAUAAUCACUGAGGGACUAAUGAGCCAAUGGAAAACCAGGUGAGGGAAAUGAGUUGAUUGCAUGGAAGAAAGAUGACAGGAGAACUAGUGACAAGACAUGGAAACAAAUGAAAAAGACAUGAAACAAACUAAGAGUUAGUGUAAGUACGUAAGUACAGAGAGAGUGAAUUUGACCUUUGUGUUUUAAACACAGCAGUAGUGAAGCAGGAGCAGCAGGGAUUUCAUUCAAACUGUUGUUUGUUACUGUUUAUUAAAGCUUACAUGAAGUU